AUUCAAAUCUCACUCACUCUGUCUCUCUCUCUCUCUCUCUCUCUCUCUCGGCUGCUGAUCUUUGUUGCGUUCAAGAUAAUUGAUUGCAGUAACUGUGGUGAUCUGCUCUCUCUCUCUCUCUCUUGUGUGUUCCUGCGUCGAAUUGUAGCUAGGCUUGAAAUCAUUUCUGCUAUAUGCUUUCGUUUUUCUGUCUUUUGGCUAUUAAGCUUGCUUUCUUCUUUAAUUUACCUCCUCUUGUUCAAUUCCGAUACAUUCGCUUUCAUUUCGUUCUUGCUGCCUUUUGGUUUUCCAUUUUUUUAUUUUAUUUGAAGUACCAAAGGAGAAAAGGCGGAAAAAGAAAACUAGAUCAAAAGAAGUGAGAGAUGGCUGAAGCACUUGCUCUUACCUGUUUGGAAAAAAUCGUAGAUUGCUUGGUCGAUCCAAUCAAACGCCAAUUUACUUACAUGUGCUGCUUCAAUACCAACAUCACGGAGCUUGAAACUCAAUUGAAAGAGUUGGAAACAACAAGACAAGAUGUUCAAAUGGGGGUGGAUGAAAACCGUAGAAAGGUCAGAGUUGUUGGACGUACUGUUGUGGCUUGGCUGACUAGUGCGAAUGAGGUCACGACUGAGGUUGAGGGAAUUAUCCAAGACAAGGACAAAGUCAAGGAAGGGUGUUUAAAUGGGUGGUGCCCCAAUCUCAAACUGCGUUACUCGCUGAGCAGGAAAGCCUUGAAGAAGACCAAGGUUGUCGUUGAUCUCAAGGCUGAUGGCGUAAGGUAUACUCAGACUCUGCCAUCUCACAGCCCACCUCCUGCAUGCUUGGAGACCAUCACCAAUAGAGAUUUUAUGGGGUUUGAGUCUCGAAGGCUUAUUAUGGAAGAAAUCAUUAAGGCUCUGAAGCAUGAUGAGAUCAACCUGAUUGGGGUUUGCGGGAUGGGAGGUGUGGGCAAGACAACUAUGGUGAAUGAAGUUGCAACAAGAGCAAAAGAUGAUAAUCUCUUUGAUGAAUUUCCAAUAGCCGUCGUUAGCCAAGAGCCAAACCUAACCAAUGUCCAGGCUUGCAUUGCAGACACGCUUGGUUUGAAAAAUAUUCGUGACAUGGAGAGCCCAAUAGCGAGAGCUGAUCUCCUUCGUAAGAGACUUUUACAGGAUAACAAGAAAGUCCUUGUUAUACUGGAUGACAUUUGGGCAGAAUUUGACCUAAAGGCCAUGGGAAUCCCUUUGGAAGGUGCUGAUAAGAAUUUCAAAGUGCUUUACACGUCACGGAAUCGAGAUCUAUGGCAUGAUCUACGAUCUAAAAAGGAGAUCCCCCUUGAAAUCUUGUCAAAAGACGAAGCAUGGCAACUAUUCAGGGAGAAAGCCGGUGAUUCAGCUGAUGCUCCGGAUUUGCAGCCGAUAGCCAAACAAAUUGUGGAUGAAUGUGGAUGUUUACCGCUUGCUCUUGUACUUAUUGGUAGCGCACUUUCGAAAAAAAGUGAGAGAAAUUACAUUAAGGAGAUAUGGAAAGAGAUGCUUGAUCGGCUAACUUGUGCAGGAAGCACUCCUGCGGAUAAGGAUCUGUCUUCACGUCUAGCGCUAAGUUACGAAUAUUUAGAAGAUGAGCAAGCUAAGCGUCUAUUUUUGCUUUGUUGCUUAUUUCAAGAGGAUGAAGAUAUCAGUAUUGAAGAUUUGGCUAGAUAUGGAUUGGGUUUAUCACUUUUUGAUGCAAUAAAUGAAAUGGAAAAAGUAAGACGUCGAGUUUUUCUUAUUGUUGAUGAUCUUAAGAGCCGUUAUUUACUGCUAGACAGUGAAGAAGUAGAAAAAGAGUGCGUAAAAGUUCAUGACGUAGUGCGCGAUAUGGGCAUAUCUAUUGCAUCUAAAAAUAAAUUUGCUCUAGUAAUCCAUGGUGAAGUAUCUGAGUGGCCAAAGAAGGACACGUAUGAGCAUUAUACUUGCAUCUCGUUGAUAUCGAGUAAAAUUACAGAGCUUCCGAGAGGAUUGACAUGCCCAAAUCUUGAGUUUUUGCUGUUGGAUUGCAAGAAACUUAAGGAACUACCGUGUAAUUUUUUUGAGGGGAUGGGGGAACUCAAGGUUUUGGUACUCAAUAAUUUUGAGGGCAUCCUGUCACUUCCAACCUCCUUGAGGAACCUUCACACGUUGUCUCUUUCAGAUUUCGAUGGCAAGUUGGAUAAUGUAUCUGAAUUUGGAGGACUCUUUAGUCUGAAAACUCUAAGCUUUUGCAAUUCACGGAUGGAAGAGCUACCAGAAGAAAUAGGGAAAUUGGUUGACUUAAAGUUGUUAGAUUUGACAGGCAAUGAACUACUAAAGAGAAUACCGCCAAAUGUCAUAUCACGCCUGGUUGAUUUAGAAGAACUAUACGUCGGCUUCCAUGGCGAAUUUAAGGAUUGGGAAGGAGAAGGCAAGGAAGAAGAAGGAAGAAACGCAAACCUACAAGAGUUAGAGUUCUUGUCCAAUUUAAAUACCUUAGAGAUCGUUAUAAGAAGCGAUGUACUUAUUCCAAAAGUGCGAAUAUUUAGCAAACUUAAAAUAUACAAGGUUAUUAUAGUCCAGGAUGAUGACAAGGAGAUGGAUGAUGGCAUCAGGGAUGAGGAGCUCGGAGUUGAGAUGUAUAACUUAUUACGUAAAUGCGAAAGGGUGUUUAUGGUCAUAUCGUCGAUUCCGAUCCCUUUAAAUCGCGGAGGAAUUGAUUUGUUGUUAAGGAGUAGUGAUUGCCUAGUUCUUGAAGGGAAAGGAUGCAAUGAUUUGGUGCAAGCGUUACUACGCCGGGAUGGGGUUGAUGGACUCCAACAAUUGAAGUUACUGGGAAUCGGAAGAUGUGAUACACCAGAAUGUCUCGCCGAUACAAUGAAUCUGGUCCAUCUACCUAUUGCUCAUGCUCCUGCUAUUUUCCCCAUCCUGAAGGUAUUAGAUCUCUUUGGGCUGAUGAAUUUAAGAGAGAUAUGCGGCGGCCCAGUCCCAGCGCGUUCCUUUGGGGAACUAACUUUUAUUCGAAUCCAUAAUUGUAAAAGAUUGAGAAAUCUCUUCCAGCUACCAAUUGGAGGAUGUCUUCCUCAACUCAAACGUCUCAUCAUAAGCUCCUGUGGUAUGAUGGAAGAAGUUUUUUGGAAGGAUCAACAAGAAGAUGUGCAUGCUGCAACCAACCGAAUCGAGUUCCCGAAGUUGGAAGUCUUGAAGCUUGUGAAGCUACCGAGUCUUGUGGGUUUCUGCAGAGGGAACGACCAGAUUGAUUUCCCUCAAUUGAAAGAACUAUAUCUCGAAGAUAUACCACAGGUCAACCUCCUCUUUCACAACAACGGUAAUCUGUCUUCCAAUUCACUUUUCCCCGAAAAGGUCUCACUACCUAACCUGGAGGUCCUCCGUGUCGACAAACUUGAGAAUCUGGAAAGACUAGGACAGGGUCCACUUCCAGUGGGGUCAUUCUCAAAACUGGAAGAAUUUACUGUGAAGUUCUCCAACAAACUGCUCUGUGUUAUUCCAUCACAAUUCCUUCCGAUGCUGCGAGAGCUUCAGGAACUCACUGUAGAAAGUUGCAAAUCACUGGAGGUAGUCUUUGAAUUGGAAGGGUUGGAAUCUAAUGAACCAAACCCAGAGAUUUUAUCUCCACUGAAAUUUGUCAAAUUACGCGAGCUACCCAAAUUGAAUUGCAUUUCAAAGAGAGAUCCCGUGGGCGUCAAGUACAUUCAGACUCUAGAGAUUCACAACUGUAAUAGCUUGAGAUAUGUGUUCGCACCUACCACGACGAAGAGCAUCCCGCAACUUUGUGAGGUGAAGCUAUCGAGCUGCAAGAUGCUGUCAAGAAUUGUGGCAGAGGAGAAUGGGUUGGGUGAAAGUUCAGUGGAUAAAGUUGAGUUCCCUCAGUUGGAACGUUUGGAACUUCUUGAUCUUCCAAACCUUUUGAGUUUCUUCCCGAAUGUGAAUGUGAAUGGGAAUACUACUGCUCUGGCAAAAUCAACUAACUUCUACCAUAACCCACUGCAACCUCAGCCUCUCUUCAAUGAAAAGGUUGCAAUUCCUAGCUUGGAGUAUUUGGAACUAAGUGGGUUGGAGACACUAAGUGACCUAUGGUGCAGUGAACUUCCGACCAGCUCAUUCUCCCAACUGAAAACACUCAAUGUGAGAGGUUUCACGAAUUUGAGAAGUAUGUUCCACCCUUCCAUCGUCGGAGGUCUUGCGAAUCUCUCAGAACUAGUCAUUAAAGAUUGCUCAAAGAUGGAAGGAGUAGUUUACUGGGAAGAAGAAAUAGAAGAUGGACAAGGAAGAAAAGUAGAGAAAACUUUGUUUCCUCUGUUAAGAAAAUUGGAACUUAGUAAUCUACCAAACUUUGUGAGUUUCUUUCUGAAUGUGAAUGUGAAUACAACUACUCCGGCAAAAUCAAAUGACCACCUCUAUAACCCAAUGCAACCUCAACCUCUCUUCAAUGAAAAGGUUGCCUUUCCUUGCUUGAAGUAUUUGGGACUAAGUGGGUUGCAGAAUGUGAGUGACCUAUGGGGCAGUGAACUUCCAACCAGCUCAUUUUCCAAACUGAAAAAUCUGCAAGUGACAGAUCCUGCAAGUUUGAGAAACAAGAUUUGCAUAGUGUGGAUUGAUGAUCUCAAUAAUACCACACAAGGUUUGGAAGAGGUUGCUGGACUACUCUAUUAUACAAGUUACCACGGUAAUGGUGUUUUAGCACUUGGGAGUAAUGGUACUAUGACGAUGUGGGAUUGGCCACGUGGGACGAAGGUCACUACCAGAGUUCUUCCAGCCAGUUGUCGUCUUGCUAUGACAAAUGAUGUGACAGGUGUCAACCUCGAGGAAGCAGUGCCCUGCAUGGCACUCUCAAAGAAUUACAGUUAUAUAAUUUCAGCUUGUGGUGGAAAGGUUUCAUUUUAUAACACACUGGAACGCAGUGUAGAGAGAACGUUUAUGCCACCUCCCCCAGCUUCAACAUUCCUGGCAUUUUAUCCUCAAGGCAAUAACAUCAUAGCCAUUGGAAUGGAAGAUUUCACAAUCCGCAUAUACAAUCAUUGGAAGGAUGAGGUAAAAUCAGAAUUGAAAGGUCACGAAAAGCACAUAACUGGCUUAGCUUUUUCCACCAGUCUUAACAUAUUGGUUUCAUCAGCAGCUGAUGCUCAGCUCUGUAUUUGGAGCACAGAUACAUGGGAGCACUUGAAAUCAGUUUCAAUACAAUUGUCAGCUGGCAAGGCUUGUAACAGCGACACAAGAGUGGAGUUCCACUCUGAUCAAAUCCGUAUGUUGGUAUCUCAUGAAACACAAUUAGCAAUAUAUGAUGCUUCCGUGAUGGAUUGUAUUCGUCAGUGGGUUCCGCAAGAUGUCCUUCUUGCACCUAUUUCCUUUGCAGUAUACUCUUGUUACAGUCAACUUGUUUACACUUUGUUUUGCGAUGGAAACAUUGGGGUGUUUGAUGCAGAUAGCUUGACACUUGCAUGCUGUAUUGUGCCAUCCGUAUACUUGUACCCAGCAAUUUUAAGUGGAGGCCAAGCUUUGUACCCUAGAGUCAUUGCAGCACAUCCGAAGAAGCCCAACCAGUUCGCCAUUGGGUUCACAAACGGGUUUGUUGUACUUAUGGAACCCCAAGAAUCAGACGGCAAGUGGGAAUUAUCUCCAAGUACUGUUGAUAAUGGGAUGCUAAAUGAUAGGACAACGUCCUCUUCCAACACAAGCAACCACACAAUUGAUCAGAAUGGAGAUGGUCCUAUGGCUAGAAGCAUGGAAAAGCCAAAAACUCUAGAUGAUGUUACUGAUAAAUCCAAACCCUGGAAAGUGGCCGAAACUCAAUGCCAGCUUGUUGUUAUGCCAGACAGCACAGACGAAGCCCACAAGGUUGCUCGUCUUCUCUAUAGGAAUGGUUGUGAAGUUUUAGCACUUGGGUGUAAUGGUGCUCUACGGCUGUGGAGGAGGUAUUCAAGUAAAAACAAUCAAAGUGGGAAGCGACUUCUAAAUUCCAUGAGGUUGGUUUUAAAGGCCGCUGCCAGCGUUGUUCCACAGCAAUGGCAACCAGCCAGUGGUCUUGCUAUGACAAAUGAUGUGACAGGUGUCAACCUCGAGGAAGCAGUGCCCUGCAUGGCACUCUCAAAGAAUUACCGUUAUAUAAUUUCAGCUUGUGGUCGAGAGGUUUCAUUAUUCAACAUAGAGACUAACAGGGUAAUGAAAAAGUUUAUGUCACCUCCGGCACCAUCUUCAACAUUCCUGGCAUUUCAUCCUCAACACAAUGACAUCAUAGCCAUUGGAAUGGAAGAUUCCACAAUCCGCAUAUACAGCAUACACAAUCAUUGGGAGGAUUGGGCAGAAUGGGUAGGAUCAGAACUGAAAGGUCAUGAAAAGCGCAUAACUGGCUUAGCUUUUUCCACCAAUCUUAAUAUAUUGGUUUCAUCAGGAGCUGAUGCUAAGCUCUGUAUUUGGAGGAUAGAUACAUGGGAACACUUGAAAUCAGUUCCAAUACAACUGCCAGCUGGCAAGGCUUGUAACGGUAACACAACAGUGCAGUUUCACUCUGAUCAAAUCCAUUUGUUGGUAUCCCAUGAAACACAAUUAGCAAUAUAUGAUGCUUCCAAGAUGGAUCAUAUUCGUCAGUGGGUGCCACAAGAUGUCCUUCCUGCACCUAUUUCCUUCGCGGCAUACUCCUGCGACGGUCAACUUGUUUACACUUCCUUUUGCGAUGGAAAUAUUGGGGUAUUCGAUGCUGAUAGCUUGACACUUACAUGCUAUAUUUCGCCAUCCGCGUAUUUCCCAACGUUGUCAAGUGGAAGCCAGGCUGUGUACCCCACCGUUGUUGCAACACAUCCGUGGAAGCCCAACCAGUUUGCCAUUGGGUUGACAAAUGGGUCUAUUAUACUUAUAGAACCCCCAGAAUCAGAGGGCAAGUGGGGAUUAUCUCCAACGGUUUAUCAUAAAGGGAUGCUAAAUGAUAGGAUAGCAUCCUCUUCCAACACAAGCAACCACAAACCUGAUCAGGAGGAGGAAGUGGACGUGGACAAGAAAGUGGAAGUGGAUUUGGGCAUGGACAAGGAUGUGGACGUGGAUGAGGACGAGAAGGAUCAAGAGGAAUUUUAAGGAGGAAAAGACAAUAAGGAGCUAAUGAUGGUGAAUCGGUGAUGACACAACAGUGAAGGUUAAAAAAAAUCGAUGGUUCAAGUAAUGAUGGUGCUUAAUAUUUCGUUGUCUUUUGUUUAUUUUGCAUUUUAGGAUUUCCAGUUUGGACUUAUAUUUCUUUCUUGUACUAAUAUUUUCGUUGUAGCUGCUAUGAAAAUUGUGCAUUAUUAGUGUUGGUAAGCAUGAAAAACUAUUGAGCCUUAUUUAGAACAUUGUAACAAUAUUUAUUCAUUCGAUUGUAAAAUAUCCUUCUUAAGGUGUUCUAAUCUUAGAAUUUUGUGCCAAGAAGAAAUGAUAAAAUCGCUUCAUUGCGUGUGA